AAACGCAGACGACUAACCUCACGAUAAAAACUCACCAGCAAUUACGUCGAAUCACUAACAUGUCAAUCAAAAUAAACACAAGAUAGAAAUUGUCUGGAAACAUUUAACUUGGCGCAUUGCCCAGCUUUACUGGCUUGUAUAAAAAGACGCGUUCUCGCAAAUAGUCUCAGAUAUUGUGACAUGCUAAACUUGAGGUGCAGCUGAUAAAAUCGUAGACCGGGAAACAUCGAAAUUUGCUGGACUUUAUCGAAGAAAGACGUACAUUAACCCGUGGAUUUUAGCAUAUCUGUUUAGCAGAGCAACACGUCAUAGAAAGAUGCCGUCACAAAUCAACUUCCCUGUUCUCCUAAGUAUUGCAGUCACUGUCUUGUCAACAUUUGCUGCCUCGUAUUGGUUGCCACAGCAAGACACUUUGGAGGAUGCUGACGAUUUCUGUUCCACUGGCCCCCCUGGGAACUACUGCCAAAAGGGCCUGGUCGGGUAUUAUGACUGUCUAAUCAACCCGACCACGGGAACAUACAACAAUAAAACAUAUGAAUGCAAGGAAGGGACAAGAUGUGCCUGCUUCGAUGGUCCUGCUUGUCCAGAGAGCCUUGAAAACCCAUGUCAACCAUUCGAAGUUCCGCCAAAGUUUCCAACAUCCUACUUAAUGACAUAUACAGGCGAAAAGCAAACAUGUAAUCCAAUGGGAUGCGUCACCACAACAUUUUCAGGCAUCAGAUAUCAAGACACAAAGGCCAAUGGAAGAUUCCGGGAGGAUAUUUUGGGUUCAGAUGGAAUCGACACGACAAUGCUGAUUUUCUCAGGCGUUGCACAGUAUGAGAUAAAUUGGAUAACACGGACAUGUGAAAAGUUAACACCGCUGCCAUUAGGACCGUUUCAAAUUCCACUCUAUUAUUCAUACGAUGGAACCGAGACUGUUAACGGAGUUGAGGCUGACCGAUGGCAUUGGUUUCAGGGAUUCCACAAUCAAGGAGAGGGCUAUGAUGCGAUUUACAUUUACGCGACACAUACAUUCAAUGGCAACUAUGUCCCUGUCAAGCUAUUCCAUGUGACAAAUGCUGGACCAAUCAUGAAGGAGGCAACCUGGAGCAAUGAGACUACCGGUGAAUUCAAACAUAAAACUUUCAACGACACCCAGUUUCGAAUUCCUUCAUUUUGCUUCACUUGAAUAAAGUUUAACCUUGGAUUUGAUAUUCUAGAAUCAUUCUCAGAUUGUUGUUCAUGCAUUGAAUGAACGUUUCAAACGGCCUGCAACUUUUAUUUUUCCUGCAAAGCAAAUAAACAUUAUUGCGAACGUUGUCACUGGGCCAGCUAUUGUAGAGUUCAUCGUGAGUAUGUACGGACUAGGCUAUUGCAAAGAGACGUGUUUUAAAGUGCUUUAUUACAUCCGAAUAUGUAUUUUAUACAACUAUGCCGUUACUAUAUGAAACAGAAACAUAAAAGUAGCUAACUUCCCCCUUCUGACUUAUGUGGGUAUCCCCGUACUAGCUACCCCUAUGGAAGCAAGCCCUAUCGUAGUAAUAUUGGCUGAUUUAUGUCAAAAGCAAAAAUCGAAGACGAUAACUAUAUUUUCGUGUUUCCUUGAGCAACAAGAUCCAAAGAUAUACUGAAAUUACAUUGUAAACUAAAUUCUGUUGUUUUUGAGACAUUAAGACAUUUAAGAGAAUUUAUCUAACGCUCUUUAUGCAUAUCUGGGGUAUCUAGGGGUAAAUUGCCCUCUGUCACUCUGUCGAAGACUCAAAAGCUUGUCUAAAGAACGUAAGUUGGGGCACAUUCGAUAGAAAUACUGCAGUCUAAUUUAUUUACAGCUAUAGUGACGUUUUUGUAUUCCAUUAAAGAUUUAUGCAAGCUUCAUAACCUCAGC